UUAGCCUUGAGCGGCGCAGUUUUGAAAACGCCAUGUGUCGCAAAAGCUGCUGCAAGUACUGCUGUGCGUUCUUCCCUCCAAUCCUGGUUGCCCUGCAAUUAGGCGGCUGGAGAGAUCAGCCAGAGUUGGUGCGAGAAGUGGGGAAGACAUACUUUGCCAAAACUGACAAUUACGAGGCUUUCACUCUCACUGAUCGUCAUCGUGAUGAAUUCUUUCGCGAUGGGGCGACCCUUUUGAAAGGCGUUCUGAAACCUGAAGUGGUAAAGAAACUGCAUGAGUAUGUGGCACCCAUUGACUAUUUUGAUCCCAGGAACAUUGGCAAUUUGUGGAUGAUGUCGGAUGAAAUUUUGGAUUUCUACCUCUUUGGACCCUUGGGGGACAUUGCAAGGCAAGUUUUUCAGAGCCCACAAGCAGUCACAGCCCAUCUAGCCCCAUCCGCUCAACUACAGCGCGAUUUCAUCAGCAGAAGGCAUCUUAAUUCUACCAAUGGAUGGCAUAUUGACCGAACCGAGUGUCAAAUGGGUGACCAACCGUCCAAAUAUCUUUCUACAGCAUUGGCAAGGCUCGCUGUGCCAUUGAUUGUUGAGGGUGGUGUGCGAGGCACCCAGAUUAUCAAUCAGAGCAAGUAUGCGGCUGCAAUGUCUGAAGGAACCAGGGAAGAAUAUCUUGCGGGCAAAUCAAUGUACCGGAAGGAAGGCCGUUUUGAGCAGUGGAUGUUAUGGGAUCCGGACACGGCCGUGCCAGUGCUUCCGGGAGUGAAAUUGGAUGAAGAGAUGAUCAUUGAACAUUGGAUGGAGCCUGGAGAUAUCGUCCUAUUUAACACCUGCCUCUGGCAUUGCUCGCCACCGUGGGUAGGACCAGAACAAGAGUUGGGUUUGCAGCCCACCUAUGCCCCAUCCAACCAUAUUGCGCAUGAUCCACCAACCUACACAGACAUGAUGGCCUCUUGGUGUUUGUACGACGAAUUUGCAGGCAAACCGAUUGGGGAAGUCAACUCCUCGUGCUAUCCUUAUGCCUAUCCGGAAGACAAACGCCCAAAAGUUGGCUCCACAUUGACAUUGAAGCGAAGGCCCCAACGCGACGUAAAUGGUAAGCCUGUACGUAAUCUUCAACUUGACCCAUGGCUAUCUCUCGAAGUGCACGUCCUGUGUCAUUGUGCAAGCGGCUGUCCGGGAGAUUUACAGUUGUAUCUCUUGGACAUUUCAUUGCCUGGAACUUUUCCCGAGAAAGCGCGCUGUAAAUCGCGCUGCAUUUUGAAGGCUUUACCCAGUAGUGCCAUGGUCGCUUCACUUGCGCUUUGGAAUGCUGUUGACGCUGCAACUUGUCCUGCUGGAAAAGAUACCUUUCCUCCCCCCUCUCAAGCCACCUAACCGUCCUGCUGCAAACUACAGCAAUCUGGCGCAACGGCAAAUGUAUGGGUGGCCCUGCCAAGACCUCUGCGGACGUAUGAAACCAUUGAGUGAGCCAUUGAUGUCUUGGGACACCAUUGACUAAAAAAAA